AUUGUUCAACCGCCUGGCCAGGGCAGCCCCUUGUCAAGAUCUUUAUACUGCCAGACUUCGUCGUCUCUGAUCUGUUUCUCACAUUGGUUACUGCACAAAUAGAAUGCCUCCGGCCCGUCAGAAGCCGUCAGAUAUAGCUGGAGAGGCGAAACGGCAUUAUAUGCCUCUUAUCCUGAAGCACUACAUAAAAGAUCCAGUGACCUCUUACCUCUACACCGACUCAGCCUCCAUCAAAAUACCCCCAGAUAAGAAGUCAAAGCAGAGGCUACGAGUAGCUGUCGUGGAAGGCGAUCCUGUUGACUACGCUCUUGGCUGGUACCAAUACUCAGAAACGGAUGCCUCUAACCAACAACUCACGAAACGUAUUCCUGUCGUGAACAUGGCAAAUGAGAAACGUGCAGGCGGUGACUGGGAAUCUGGGUUGAUGGCACCCGAAGAAUGUUUCGCCCGAAGAAGCAAUCUUGUUCAGGCACUCACAAUGCCGUGGGCUGUCCACCUUUCACCGGGCCACAACCUCUAUCCAAUUCCUCAACGAGGAGGUGUUUAUUCACCGCAAGUGUAUGUUUUCCGAGAUGGUCCGGAUCAGAAUUAUGCACACUGGAAAGAAAUGCGAUGGCUCCCAGUAAUAUCCGUUGCGCCUAUACGAAGACCAAAACUUGAUGAGGCGGGUGAAUGCUAUUCUUUCGUGCAAGAGAAAGAGCUCAUGAAAGAGAAAAUGCGGUCUGUUCUCCGCAUUGCUUCCUACUGUGGACACACCAGUCUUUGCAUUGGUGCGUUUGGUGUUGGCCCCAUCUUCCGCAACCCAGUAGGAGAAGUGGCAAAGAUGUGGAGGAAACUUCUGUUCGAGGAAGAGGAAUUUCGUGGAGUCUUUACAGACGUGGUGUUUGCAAUUGAACAUAACGUGACAGGGAAUUCUUCAAAGGGAGGACUGUCUGAGGCGGAUGUUUUCCGCGAAGAGUUCGAUCCUUCUGCACUUUUCCCUACCCAGUACUGGUGAGCUCAGAAAACAAACCGCAAUCAUGUACAUGAUGUCAGUGGCGCUCUCCCAGCCUUCGAUCAUACUAGCAUUACAAGGGUAACGGAUGGAC